AUGUGGAAGCUGAAGAUUUCAGAAGGAAAUGAUGGAUGUGUUCAAAGUGUAAACAAUCACACAGGCAGACAGUUCUGGGAAUUUAAAUCAGAGCUUGGAACACCUGAAGAAAAAGCACAAGUUGAAAUUCUUCGGAAGCACUUCACCGAAAAUCGCUUUCAACAAAAGCAUAGUUCUGAUCUUAUUAUGAGACUUCAGUUUGCAAAGGAGAAUCCAUGUAAGAUGAAUUUGCUUCCUGAGAAAGUGAAAAUAACAAGUGAAGAAGAAAUAACAGAGGAAUUGGUGGCUAAUACAUUGAGAAGAAGCCUGAGAUUCUAUUCAACUCUUCAAACUGAGGAUGGCUUCUGGCCUGGCGAUUAUGGUGGCCCUUUGUUUCUUCUUCCUGCCUUGGUGAUUGGCUUAUAUGUUACUGGAGCCUUAGAUGCAAUACUACAUUUGGAACAUCGGAAAGAGAUGCUACGCUAUUUGUAUAACCACCAGAAUAAAGAUGGGGGUUGGGGGUUACAUAUAGAAGGAUGCAGCACAAUGUUUUGUACAGCACUCUCCUAUGUGGCUCUAAGAUUGCUUGGAGAAGAAAUGGAGGGUGGCGAUGGCGCCAUGGAGAAAGCUCGAAAGUGGAUCAUUGAUCGGGGUGGUGUUACUUCCAUUCCAUCUUGGGAAAAGAUGUGGCUUUCGAUACUUGGUGUAUACGAGUGGAAUGGUAACAAUCCUUUACUCCCAGAGAUGUGGGUUAUGCCUGAGUUUGUUCCCAUUCAUCCAAGAUGGAUGUGGUAUCACAGUCGAUCGGUAUAUUUGGCAAUGUCAUAUUUAUGUGGCAAGAGAUUUAUGUGACCUAUUAAUCUUCUUAUAAUUUCUCUUAGAAGAGAGCUUUACACUCUUCCUUACAAGAAUAUUGAUUGGGACUAUGCCAAAAAUCAAUGUGCCAAAGAGGACCUUUACUACCCUCAUCCAAUGAUACAAGACAUAAUAUGGAGUUGUAUUAACAAGUUUGCGGAACCUCUUCUAAUGAAAUGGCCUAUGCGUAAGUUGAUGAGAGAAGCUGCUCUCAAAACAAUAAUCAAACAGAUAGUUCAAGCAGAUAGCUCAGAUGAUGUAAAUUAUUGGUAUCGCCACAUUUCUAAGGGAGGAUGGCCAUUCUCUACUCUAGAUAAUGGUUGGACUGUGUCAGAUUGGACUACUGAGGGAUUAAAAGCGGCAAUCUUGUUGUCACAAAUGCCAUCUGAUAUUGUGGGAGAAACAAUACCAGUAAAUCAAUUAUACGACGCCGUUAAUGUGAUUUUUUCCUUACAGAACAAAAAUGGAGGUUUUGCAUCAUAUGAACUCACAAGAUCUUAUGCAUGGUUGGAGAUCAUGAAUCCGGCUGAAAUAUUUGGAGAUAUUAUGAUAGAUUAUCAGUAUGUGGAAUGCACAUCAGCAGCAAUUCAAGGCUUAAAGUCAUUCAUGAAAAAGUAUCCAGGCCAUCGGACUAAAGAAAUAGAAAUAUCAAUUGCAAAGGCAGUCAAGUUUAUUGAAAGCAUACAACAACCAGAUGGCUCAUGGUAUGUGAGUUGGGGAGUGUGCUUCACUUAUGGAACAUGGUUUGGAAUAAAAGGGUUGGUGAGUAGUGGAAAGACAUAUGGAAGUAACAAUAACAUCAAAAAGGCAUGUGAGUUUUUGUUAUCAAAGCAACUUCCUUGUGGAGGUUGGGGAGAGAGCUACCUUUCAAGCCAAAACAAGGUAUAUAAAAAUCUUCCAAGAAACAAAGCACAUCUAGUCAACACUGCAUGGGCAAUGUUAGCUCUCAUUGAGGCAGGCCAGGGCUAUAGAGAUCCAGUUCCAUUACAUCGUGCAGCUAAAGUGCUAAUUGAUUUACAAAUGGAAAAUGGAGAUUUCCCACAACAGGAAAUCAUUGGAGUCUUCAACAAGAAUUGCAUGAUAAGUUAUUCAGCUUAUAGAAAUAUCUUUCCCAUAUGGGCUUUGGGAGAAUAUCGCAAUACUGUGUUGCUAUCAUCUAAAGAAUAUUAAAUGUACAUAUUAAAAGAACUAAUAACAGUCCUCGCAACUAUGGAGGUAAAAUUGCAAAAUACAAUGUAACAAGUUUCUCUUUAAGCAUAUUUUAACUGGUAGUAAAAUAUGUUUAUAUUGUAUAUGUAUUUGACAAUUCAUGAAUAUUUGUAAUAACAUUUUUU